UGGCCGGGGACGCCUGCCUGAUGGCCACCGAGCCGCGCGUCGCCGCCGCCCCCGCGGCCCUGGAGCGGACGCCGACGUCGACCCGGCACUGAGAAAAGAGGACGUUCGAGUCCUGCCCGGCAUGCUGUCAGGCCGCUCCGGACACGCGCUAUGCACCGGCUCCUCGGCCUCGUCGUCCUCGGCCUGCUCCUGCUGCACCCGGCGCGCGCGCUACCGGACGCGCUGCCCCCCGCCCAGUACGACUGGCCCGAGAGCAGAGAAAGCGGCGUCCUGGACGAUGGGGCCGUGCGACGCACCUACCGCCUGGAGGACUUCCUCUGGACGGGGUCCGGCGACGGCGAGGUGGCGCCCAGCCCCCGGCCCUACGGCACGCCGGUGCUGGCCCUCACCACCACCACGGUGUACAAGACGACCACGGCCACCACCACGGUGCUGGCUACGCCUACUCCGCUUUACACCACCUCACUCAUCAUCACGCAGGUGCCAAGAUCCCCCAUCGGGCCCAUCACUCCGACGGCCAGCUUCCCGUGGCCCGGCGAGGGGUCCGUGCCGUCCACGGCGACGCCGUACCCUUCUCCCACCUGGACGCUGCUGAACGGCUCGCCGCAGGACCCGGAUGAGGCGUACGACGACUCGCUGCCCGGGCCGCGCUACUGGCUGGUGACGGUCCUCAAGGCCAAUGACACUCAGGACUGGCACCUGGCCACCGACCUGCUCGAGUCCAGGCUGGCCCGCCUGUACAAGGCCGCCUUCCUCAGCAGGCAACAGGAGCGCCACCUCGGCAUCGUCAACGCGUCGGCCCUGGCGGCCCUGGCGAGGCUGCGGCGCGCGCCGGAUGUCGUCCGCGUCACGGUGCACAACGUGACGACCCUGCAGCGCGGCGGCGGCCUCCCGGGGGCCCCCGGGGCCGCGAGGCUCCUCUACUGGGUGCGUGUGCGCGGGCGGCCCGUCCCCGCGGCCACGGCGGCGCACGACAUGAGGCUCAUCAGCGACCACGAGAUGGCCGCCGAGCUGGGGCUGCCCAUCAUCACCAAGGCCGAGCCCUACCUGCACGCGCCGGUGCCGCUGGCCGCCCGCGGCCGCAGCCGCGACGCCUGGCUGCUGGUGGGCGCGGCCGGCUGCGGGGUGGCGCUGCUGCUGCUCAUGCUGGCCCUGGCCGGGGCCGCGCUCUCGCAGCGCUCCAGGGCCGCGCGCAGGCGCCGCCGGGUCACGGGCUCCGCGUCCUCGGGCGGCGCCGCGGGCGCGGGGACGGCGGCGGGCGGCGAGCACCACGGCGGCCACGGCGCGGCCAACCGACGGCGCCACUUCCACGGCAGGGACAACAAGGGCUUCAUGCACGACGAGCACCACCACCACAAGAGGGACAAGUCAUCCCCCGGCUUCCUGGGCGUGGCGGGGGCGAACGUUCCGCACGGCGGCGGCAGCCGGCUGAGUGGCAGCGGCAGCGGGUCUCGGAGCUCAUUCUCGUGCGCGUCGUCCUGCUCGGGAUCGGGAUCCGGGUCGUCGUCCGACGCCGCGCUCGUGAGGCGCCGCGGGCACCCACACGGCCCCCAUCAACAAGGUCGCCACCAGCAUCACCAGGCCCUGCACCACGCGGUCAACCCAGCGCUCGUCGACACCCUCCACCUCACCGAGGACGACGUGGUGGUGCCGCACCCCCGGGGCACAUCCACCGCCGCCGGCCCGGGUGCCGGGGCCGCGUCCCACCACGCGCAAGUCCACGACCUCGACGUGCUAGACGCCGGAACGUCCCCCGGGGCGCCCGUCAGACGGGCCAGCCCCAACUCGUACCUGUCGAUGCCGUCUGUCAAGCAGUUCCCGCGAGGCGCAAACAUGCCGGAGCCGCUGACGAUGGUCCUCGACCCCGUGAGCAUCAGCCAUCUGGACGGCGAGGACUCGGUGGAGCGGGUGGCCGUCAGCCCACCCGUGCCUGCGCACUCGCGGCCCAUCCUCAGACCGCCGCCCCCGCGGCAGGCGGUGACCGCGCCCGUGCGCGCCCCGCCCUCUACGGCCAUGCCGCGCGCCCUGCCCGCUCGCCUCGAGGACCUCCCCCACGCCUUGCGUGCGCCCGCCCCCGCGCCCGCGCCCGCCCAGCAGGGCCGCGAGCUGGCGCGCGCCGGGGUGAGGCACUCGUCGCUGGAGGGAGACCCCGGGGUGCUUGGCCCCGUCGUCUGGGGCCUGCGCUGCCAGAGGCUGACGUCGACGGGCUCGGCGGGUGCGAGCGACGGCAGCCCGACGGCCACGGGCACCCCGUCGGACGGCACCGGGUCGCCUCCCCAGGCCGGCCGGAUGCGUCGCCGCUUCCACGAGCUGCUCGACGACGCCUUUAGCCUGUUCGCUGGGUCGCGAUCCGCCUCGCGAUCCGCGUCGCAGGCCUCGCAAGACGAGGACGACUCUUCGUCGUCCUCGCCCCCGCCGCCAGCGCCCCCGGCCGCGGGUCUCCAGAUCAGCAGCGUGCUGAACCACGUCCUCCCCGGACCGCCGCCCGAGCACCGAGUGCAAUCAGCCGUGCUGAGGCCGGUUGGAGCGCCCCUGGGGGACGUCGCUCCCCGCCCCAAGACGUCCGUCACGGACGCGCGGCGCCCCUCCACGGCGUCGGGCAACAGCACGGGCGGCGGCACGGGCGGCGGGCCGCGGGGCGCGUGGGGCUCGGACCAGGCCGUGGCGCGGCCGCUGUCCGCGGGGCCCUUCCACCGGCCGCAGCUGCCCACGGGCCUUGGCGCCUCGGCCGGCAGCAUCACGCCGAGGAUCGACACGGCCGUCAUCCUGGCCGACGCCAGGCUGCCGCCGCACGACCCGGCCGUGCCCCUCAUCGCCGCCAUCAAGCACGAGCUCAGCAAGUUCGGCGGUCCGGCGGCGCCGGGAGGAGGCAGGGCGAGGCCCGGGGCCGGCGGGGCGGCCGCGAUGCCCCUGCCGGGGUACACACCGCCAAAGACCUGACUGAGACACACCCGGAGGGAGGAAUAGAUUUGCAAGCACACAGCGCGCGCGGACGCGAGUCGAAAGGGUUCGCCGAUCGCGGCUGGUCGUGUUCUUUUCGACUUAAUUUAAUUUAAGAUCUGCUGUUACGCAUCAGGUGCAUGCCAUUCCCAAACGCCAUUUUGUCCGUGAACCGUGUAGCGUGUUUACACACAGUGCCAAAAUUUGCCAUUCUUCACGCUUGACGCUGGAUAAUCAGUCAGAUAUCAGAAUACAUGUAAUACUUCUUCCCUCUGAGGACUGCUCCACCAUUCCAGUAGUUUCUUGCUCAAGUCAAUCGUUCAAUCUCAAUCGUUCUCAUUUGAAAAAUGUAUAUGCGUUGAUCUCAAGUCUCUCAAGUAGGACACAAGAUUUUAAAUUUCUAUAAGCUGCCAGAUCAAGUUGAUUAGUUGUUAUUUAUUUUUUAGUGAUCACCUUGCUCUGACCGCACACAGUGCAAGCGUAGGACGUCCUACGUCUUUAGUGUGAUAAAAUUUGUUGUUUUUAAUUAUCAAGUGACUAUUUGUACAUUUUUUUACCAUUUUAUUACAAUUCGGUAUACAUCUUUCAUCAUCAGUAUUUCUGUUGUAGCGCAUUGUGUAUAUAUAAAACCAACGUAAUUUUAAACUAGUAUAUAGAGAGUCGGAGAAAUAAAUGUUCUUAUCUCGUC